AUGGCACCCCCUUUCCAAAAAGAGCUGGAGAAACACAAGAACUUCGAUGAAGAUGAGCUUCUUGGCAAACUCUCAGAAGAGGGACUGAAACAGCUGGGAAAGGUUCUUGAUGACAUAGAUCCUGAGAGCACACUGCUGCCAGCCAGAUUCUGAUGGAAAGACUAGACACAGAAAGCAGCCACUGGCCCAUUUGACUGCGAGCACCUCCUUGCGCACCUGGAGAAGGAGGCAUUGGAACAAAAAGACCAGGAAGACUUUGUGCCCUUCACUGGAGAAAAGAAAGGGAGAACCUUUAUCUCCAAAGAAAAACCCUUAGAAACUCAUAAAGAAGAAAAAGGGACCCUCAACCCAGAACUGGAAGAAGCUUUGGUCAGCGCCUCUGAUGCUGAACUCUACGACCUUGCAGCUGUUCUUGGAGUACACAAUUUGCUCAACAAUCCAAAAUUUGAUGAAGGAACAACCAGCACUAAAAGUGGCAAAGGGCCUGUAGGAAAUGUGGUCAGAAGUGGAAAGGUCAAGCCAAUAUUUGAGGAACCACCUAAUCCCACAAAUCUGGAAAUAAGUCUGCAGGAGAUAAAAGCCAACGACCCCAGCCUGCAAGAAGUCAACCUCAACAGCAUCAAGAACAUUUCAGUUUUUGCAGAUAUGCUGAAUGUAAACAAGACCUUGAUAAGUCUAAACAUGGAAUCCAGUUUUAUCACUGGAACUGGGAUCCUGGCCCUAGUCAAGGCACUGAAAGAAAAUAAUACCCUGAUAGAGAUCGAGAUCAACAACCAGAGGCAACAGUUGGGAAGAGCUGUAGAAAUGGAAAUUGCCCAGAUGCUCCAGGAGAAUUUAAGGAGCCUCAAGUUUGGAUACCAGUUCACCAAACAGGGGCCAAGAAUGAGGGUGACAGCUGCCAUCACAAAGAAUUUGACCCAGUUUGUAAGAAGUGAGUUGAAGGAGAUUGAAGAUAAACUUUUACAACAAGAGAAGUUUCACCAAGGCAGCUGUUGUGUGGCCAUUUAA